AUGAAAUGUUGCCUUUUUUAUUUCAAGAAGCUUGAUACAAUUGCAAUCGUGAAUAGAAAAAUUUUCUUCAAAUACGACAUGUCCCUGGAGAAGGAAGCGAGAAAAAUGAAGUCUUGUGAUGAUUUCAAACACGGUGUCAACUAUCGGGUGGAAGACUACGGCGGAAAAACAAGUCAUCCAAUCUGGCAGGGAUUUGUGACAAGCAGUGUGAAUAAGAACACGUACUUAUUUAUGGAAGAAAAGCAUCCACUCCAGACGUCAUUUCUUCACUGUGAUCUGACAACUCCAUGUCUCUUAGAUGCUCUUCGCGCUGAUAACUUUGCUAAUUAUACAAGAUCCUAUAUCGUUUUGUUUGGCCCUCGAGGAACACUCUCCCUGUCUGACUUCCAACACGGACCGCCCGGAUCGAAGUGCACUCAUGGAAAGACUGAACUAGACUUCUGUAUUGCCCCACCCAGAUCUGAAAUGGAGACAUCUACGCCCGGCUCUAAAAUAGGGAUAACUGCUCCAUCCAGAUCUGAAAUGGAGACGACUGGUCCUUCAUCUGAAAAUAAUGGUGAAUCGGAGGAGGUGAACUCGAUCUUUGUCUAUUUGUGCAUUGCUUUUAUGUCUCUUUUUCUUUGA